AUGUCUUGGAAACGUUCCUCCUUGGCGGAUACCGGCUUCUUCUACGAUGAAGACCUCACAAAUGAAGACAGAGACCGGCUCCCAGCCCAUGUCAAAAGUCUUGAGCAAGCGAUGCUUGACUUUACGUGCCAGAAGCUAGACUCGCCUACUACGAGAGAUCUGAAUAUCCAAUGCGAAGCCGAAAGACUUAUUAAGGGGGGUUUUUCAGAAGAUAGUUGGGUCGAGUUCUAUCGAAAGUUCUUGUUCAAUUCACUUCUGAAAUAUGCCUCAGUCUCGAGGGGAGGGUCUCGAAUAUCGUCAAGAUGCCAGUAUUACUAUGAUUACAUGGUUUCCACCAAUGAUUUGUGGGGAGCAUUUACUAAGAACGAUGAAAAGAAUGAAGUUCUGAAGGCACCAAAGCCCGAUCUAGUCUUUUAUCUACCGAUGUAUCAUCCUGAUGCUCACAUACCUGCCAUAACUGAUCAUGAAGCACUACAAUGGCAUAAAUCAUCAGCAUCAUCCCUUGUCGAGCCAUUCUCAUGGUCAACUUUGAAGAAGCUGCAUGGAUGUGGCCUACUAGCUACACCCUUCAACGUUUUCAGCGACAAAGAAUCUGAAGAACCCCAAGAGCCUCAGGAACGAUAUCUGAGUUGUUUCCCAUGGCUAGUUGUUGAAUACAAGAAAGCCGAGAGCAAACCUGCUGAGCUCAAACAAUUGCAAGAAGUUGUUUACUGCCAGGCAGCUAACGCCAGCGGAUGUGCUAUCAAGCUGCUUGAGACUGCUUCUAAGCAUGCUCUUAGGUUAGAUGAUGAAGCACAGGUCCCACCUGUUGCAAGUGUGACUACUGUUGGAUCCCGAGUCAAGGUCUGGAUAACGUUCUUUGCCAGAGAUUUUAUGGCGUAUCGUAUUAAAGACAUGAUUAAAGGCAAGAAGAAGGAACAACUAUAUGCGUACGAAGAAGGCUAUAGGAUGCAAUGUAUCUGGACAGGCGAUAUGAGGGAUCCUGAGGAUAUCCUCAAGUUCCGGAUCAUACUCGAGAAUACAUAUACUUGGGCAAAACGGGCUUUUAAGCCAUUGAUAGCCACUUAUAUCGACCAGUGGAAGUUUGCUUACGCUAUGGAUGUCCCAGGCAUUGCAAAUACGGAAAAGCAGCGUCGGCAGGAGAGACUGGGACUCUCGAGAUGUGCGCUUCGACUCGCGCUAUCUUCUCUAGAUGCUCACCCUAAUCUCGAGUCUCAAGAUGAUUUGUUUGGUUCUGUUACAAAUAGUGUUAUCGACCUCUGCGAUCGAUUUGUCCAAGAUGUAGAGCGAGUGAUCGAGGAAGAGCUCAAGCAUUCAAGUGGAGGCAAGCAAAGGGCACGCACACCUAGCAAACACUCCCGGAAGCAGAGGUAA